GGAGGUGUUAUAUAAAAUGAUGGAUGGAUUAACUGAUGGGGCAUGAUGGGUGACGUCGCCGCUUAUUUGUUGGUGGCGUUUGUUUUACUCGCCGAAACACAGAUAUUGCCGGCCCAAGAAACACAGUGUCCCAGCUUUGCGGCAAAUCCCACCUGUCCUUGCUACAACUUCGAGGAUGGCAUCUUCCUGGAAUGUCCGGCCGCCACCGCUUCCUCCCUUCACUCCGUGCUGCAAAUCGUUUCUGGCCCGAUACAAUCCUUGAGUGUUUACGAUCUGGACAAGUCGAUAUUAAAGCUGUCGGCAGACUUUUUCCCGGAUGGAACGGUUAUUAAACAUUUGCAGAUAUCCCAGUCGAGCUUAGAGGAACUCCACGAUGACAGUUUGUUGACGCUGAAACCAGAGCUUGAGUCUCUAAGUUUGGUAUCUGGAAAGUUGCGGGAGAUUCCGCAGAAGGCGUUCGGCGGUUUGGUGAAACUCAUCGCCCUCGAUCUGGAGUCGAAUGAAAUUAGCGAUCUGCCGAGUUACAGUUUCUACGGUCUUCAUUUGAUCAAAUUAAAUAUGAAAGGGAAUGCCGUGCAGAAGGUAUCCGAGUACGGAUUCGCCGGCCUCGAGGAUUCCCUCUCCGAACUGGAUAUGGCGGAAAAUAAGCUGAUAUAUUUUCCGAUGACGGCACUCCGGAGACUCGAACGGCUCCGGCUGCUGCGGCUCGCUUGGAAUGAAAUCAGCACACUCCCAGACGAUGGGUAUUCGCGGUUGGACUCAUUGUUAUUCUUGGAUUUGAGUUCGAACAACUUCGAAGCAUUGAACGAAGAUUGCUUCCGGCCAACCCCGUCCGUAAGGACCCUCUCUUUAUAUUACAACGUCAUUGAGAGUGUGCAUCCGGACGCGUUCGUCUCUCUAAUACAGCUCGAGUCGCUCGAUCUCAGUCACAACAAAAUUGUAUUCCUCGAUGCGACCACAUUCAACGUCAACAAAAAGCUGAAAUCAAUUGAUCUGAGUCACAAUCACGUGCACUACAUAAGCGGCGUAUUCGCUUACCUGCCGGAUCUAAAGGAACUCUUCUUAUCAGAAAACAACAUACUAGAGAUUCCCUCCGAUGCCUUCACCGACUCAUUUAACAUCUCCGUGAUUUACUUGCAGCAAAACGCCAUAAGAAGAAUCGAUCCAGAAGCAUUGCAUACGUUAAGUAACCUUGCUCAAUUGCACUUAAGCUCGAACUUCGUUCCGCACAUACCGCGGCAGUUGUUCCAGGAGAACCGUAACUUAACAUCGCUCAGUCUCGACAGCAAUUGGAUCACGGAUUUGGAGCCAGGCACAUUCGAUAAAACAAUAAGUUUAAGGGAGAUUCGUCUGCAUAAUAACCGUUUGCAAAAUGUACUUCGCGGCGUUUUCGAUCCGCUCCCCGCAUUGUUGGAGCUCCACUUACAAAACAACUGGAUCUCAGCCAUAGACACGGCCGCUUUUCGCACCCUUCAAAGCUUGCAACACGUGAACCUCCAGGGAAAUAUAAUAUCCGAGCUCGGCGACGUCUUCAUGCACGAGUCGCCUUCGCUUGUCUCGAUACAACUCGACUCGAAUAGUAUACUAUCUCUGCACAACGACUCCCUUCGAGGCCAAUCCAGUGUACAGAUCAUGUGGCUCGGGCACAACAGGUUGAAAAGUCUUGAUAGAGCGUUAUUCAGUGAUCUUCUUUUAAUACAGCGCGUUUAUCUUAACAACAACAGCAUUUCUUAUAUCGAGGACAGGGCUUUUGAGCCGAUGCAGGCUCUGAAGUUUUUGGAUCUGAGCAUGAACAAGUUAAAACACAUCGGUACUCGAACGUUCGCCGAGCUGCACGAGCUCGAGGAACUUUAUUUGGCUCAUAAUGGAUUAGAGACAAUCGAGCCCCGUGCUUUAACCAACUUAAAGAAAUUAAGGACCCUCGAUUUAUCUAAUAAUCGUUUGAAAGCGAUACACGACGCUAUGUUCCAGGAAGGCCUUCCGAUUCGUUCGUUAAAUCUCAUGAACUGCUCAAUUUCCAGUAUCGAGGCGGGAGCUUUCAAGGGAUUAAACAAUCUCAACGAUUUAAACCUGGAGAGAAACGAGCUCGUGUCGCUAGAUCUCAGUAAUCUCGAUAUACCCGGCCUGCGAACUCUAAAAGUGUCGCACAACAAUUUCAGCGAUAUCUUCGAUGAGGCCUUAAACGGACUGCCUUCUCUGCAAAUGCUCUUUCUUGAUGACUGUCACAUACUCAGUUUGCCUGAUGUGAUAUUUUCCAAGAACAAGAACUUAUUGAGAAUCGAUUUGAGCCGCAACAGAUUACACGAGUUAAAGUACGGCAUGUUCCUCAGCUUGAAUCUUUUGAAGGAAUUGAAGCUGGCCGAGAAUAUGUUCAAGGAGCUGCCGUACACGGCGCUCCUGAAUAUCUCGACCCUGGAGACCCUUUCAAUGGCUCACAAUAGGAUGGCCAGUUUAGAGGUGUCACGACUGAAUGGAUUGCCGAAUUUAAGGGAACUCGACCUGAAGUAUAAUGCGAUCUCUUCGCUUUCGGGCUUUGCCUCAGCCAAUUUGACGCAGCUGCUGUCGGUGGAUCUAAGUAGAAACAUAUUAGCCGGUCUUCCCGCCAACUUCUUUCAUCAUUCACCGCUUUUAAGGAGGAUUGAUCUAUCCUGCAAUCGCUUCAGACAAAUCCCGACGUCCGCACUGUCCGAGCACACCCUCCCCGGGCUCGGAUGGCUCAAUUUGACGGGGAAUCCCCUCGUCCGAAUACACGACAUUGCGUCCGCACACAGAUACCCAUCCCUGGAGGAAAUGCACAUAAGCUCCACGAACCUCACAAUUGUUACCAGCAAAGACUUCGAAACAUUCCCAGCCUUGUUACACGUGCAUCUCGGCCAGAACCGAAUUUCGCGCAUUUCCCCUGGUGCGUUUGGUAGUCUACCGCAUCUACUCACUUUGGAUUUGGGGGUUAACGAGCUAGAACUUCUGCCGCCCGAGCGACUCCAGGGACUCAACCACUUGCGUAUACUCAAUUUGACGCACAACAGACUGAAAGAACUCGAGGAAUUUCCGCAAGACCUGAAGUCACUUCAAGUUCUCGAUCUAUCAUUCAAUCAAAUCGGUCGUAUCAGCAAGGUCAUGUUCCAGCACCUGGAGAAUCUGGGAGAGCUAUACUUGGACGGCAACUGGAUUUCAUCCGUCUCGAGUGACUCCUUCAAACCGCUGAAGAAACUGCGUACGCUAGAUUUGAGCCGCAAUUACUUGGAAAACAUUCCUCUCAAUGCAUUCAGACCACUCGAAACACAAAUACGAAGCUUGAGAACAGAAGAGAAUCCUUUAUCGUGUAGCUGCGAGUCGCAGGAGUUAUGGGAAUGGCUUCGGGACCACCAAAAGCUCGUCGAGCAGGCGAACACGCGCGCCCUCCGUUGCGAACAUCCACCGGAAUUGCGAGGCCGAAUAUUUCUUGAGCUGGCACCGGAACAGUUCUGCGAUCAACCUCUGGUUCUACGUCUCGCCAUACAAGAUAUACAGCCAUUCUCUGUGCUCGUAUCCUGGCAGAGCCGGAACCAUUCCGGACUGCACGGAUAUCAGGUUGUCUAUCAUAGCAUCGAUGGCAUUGAAGAGAUACGUGGCAAGAUGCUGGACCGUACGAUGCGCUCGACGAAAUUACCACGAUUAUAUCCGGGGACCCGGUAUCUGAUCUGCGUGCUGGCGCUCGGGAAUUGGGCGUCGCGACGCCACGAGAGCGAUUCGAAGCUGGCCAGACGCCUGGACUCCAACAAUUCUGGCGAUAAUUGGGAAACCUUCACGGACGCCAUGCUACCCCUACUCGUAGACUCGCCGACUAGCAAAUGCUCUGAGGUGAGCACAUUGGGGGCCCCGGAUAGCAUACACGGAGAGUUAGGAAGCAUGCCUGAGCACGGUCGUGGAAUACAAUCGAUAUUGACUAGGCGUUUAGGCCUGAUCAUCGGAUGCUGCAUGGGAUUCCUGGUCUUCAUAAUUCUGGUUACCGUCCUAGGAUAUCUGAAGAUCAAGAAGCAGAGGGCAGCCAUCAAGAGGGACCAGCAGGCCAUUCCACCGGAGUACCUAUCCUACAGGCAUUUCUCCAUCCAAAGCGGCGAAGCCGGAAGAGAAGCUGGUGGUCAUCCGCAUUUCAUUACCAGCAUGAACGCAACAACCCUUAACUAACAACCGAAUUUUGGACAGUGUAUUUAAUCAUAUCAGUGUUAAAACGAGCGAGAAAAAAAGAGUUAAACUAAUAAUAAUAUUGUUAAUACUAAGCGAGAGAAAAGAGAAAAAAAACA